AUCAACUGAACAUAGAACAUAGAUACAGAGACACUUGUCAUCAGGAAGGUGAUCUCUCAGCACAACGGAAAAUAUCUCAAUGACUUGACAUGUUCUGGUUGUGAAUUCAGGCUACAAGGGGUCAGUGCUCUAAAAUGAGUCUCUCUGGGGAGAGAGUGGAGGGGGGCCCUGCCUCUAAAAUGAGACUCUCUGGGGAACAUGACACCAAAGCUAAGAGACCAAUCAACCACGAGAAACCAGCCUCCCCUGUACCCAGCUGUGUGUCUAUGAAGAGUGACCGGUCUAUGGGUCAACCUAUAUGGUUUAGAAAGGGAGACUUUUCUACUGAACAAAGAAAGCAACAGGAGAGAUCAGAGUCAGAGAUUCUCCGUGGUCAGUCUUCCCAGAGUCAUCAAACAGACCUGGCCUCCAUAUUCAGUUUGCUUGAAGAGAAAAUUAUGACAUUUAUGAGGAACGAGCUGAAGAUGUUCAAGAGGAUUCUUAGUCCAGAACUCCCAGAAGGCUUUGAGAGUCAGAAGCAGGAUAAGGAAGUGGUGGAUGCUGAAGAUGAGAAGCAGGAGAGCAGUGCCAGAGAGGGGGCUCUGAAGAUCACACUGCACAUCCUGAGGAAAAUGAACCAGAAGGACCUUGCUGACACACUGGAGAAAUAUGAGCUUGCUGUGAUUUGCCAACGUGAACUCAAAUCUAAUCUAAAGAAGAAGUUUCAAUGUGUAUUUGAGGGGAUCGCUAAACAAGGAAACCCAACACUUCUCAAUAAGAUCUACACAGAGAUCUACAUCACAGAGGGUGGAACAGGAGAGGUCAAUAAUGAACAUGAGCUGAGACAGAUUGAGACAACAACCAGGAAACAAGCAAGACCAGAGACUGCAAUCAAAUGUAACGACAUCUUCAAACCCUUAACUGGACAAGACAAACCUAUCAGAACUGUGCUGACAAAGGGAGUCGCUGGCAUUGGAAAAACAGUCUCUGUGCAGAAGUUCAUUCUGGACUGGGCUGAAGGAAAAGCAAAUCAGGAUGUCCAAUUUGUAUUUUCAUUCCCUUUUCGGGAGCUGAAUUUGAUGAAAGUGGACAAACACACUUUCAUUGAACUUCUCAAUCACUUCUCAAUGGAAACCAAACAAUCAAGAAUCUCCAACUACCAGAAGUACAAAGUUCUGUUCAUCUUUGAUGGUCUGGAUGAGUGCCGACUGCCCCUAGACUUCCAGAAGAACAAGAUCUGUUGGGACGUCACAGAGUCAACUUCAGUGGAUGUUCUGCUGACAAAUCUCAUCAAGGGAAAUCUGCUUCCCUCUGCUCUCAUCUGGAUAACCACCCGACCUGCAGCAGCCAAUAAGAUCCCUUCAAUGUGUGUUGACCAGGUGACAGAGGUUCGAGGGUUCAAUGACCCACAGAAGGAGGAGUACUUCAGGAAGAGAUUCAGUGAUGAAGACCUGGCCAGCAGAAUCAUCUCACACAUAAAGACAUCAAGGAGCCUCCACAUCAUGUGCCACAUUCCAGUCUUCUGUUGGAUUUCUGCAACAGUCCUUGAACACAUGCUGAAACAUAAGAGAGAAGAGAUGCCCAAGACUCUGACUGAGAUGUACACACACCUUGUGGUGUUUCAUACCAAACAGAAGAAUGAAAAGUAUCUUGGGAAAGAAGAGACAGGUCCACACUGGAAUAAAGAGAGCAUUCUGUCACUGGGAAAACUGGCUUUUCAACAGCUUGUAAAGGGCAAUCUGAUUUUCUAUGAAGAAGACCUGAAAGAGGCUGGUAUUGAUGUCAAUGAAGCCUCAGUGUACUCAGGAUUGUGCACACAGCUCUUUAAAGAGGAAUGUGGGCUGUACCAGGACAAGGUGUACUGCUUUGUUCAUCUGAGCAUUCAGGAGUUUCUGGCUGCUGUAUAUGUGUUCCUCUCUUUCAUCAACAACAAUGAGAAUCUAAUGGCCAAACCUCAAUCAACCUCAAGGAACAUUUCUGCGCUGUUCAGAGACGAGCCUGAAGUUACUGUCUACAGGAGUGCUGUGGAUAAAGCCUUACAAAGUGAGACGGGAAACCUGGACCUUUUCCUCCGCUUCCUUCUGGGCCUCUCACUGGAGUCCAAUCAGAAGCACUUUCGAGGUCUACUGACAAAGACAAGAAGCAGCUCAAAGACCCAUGAAAAAACAGUCAAGUACAUCAAGGAGAAGAUCAGGGAGAAUCUCUCUCCAGAGAGGAGCAUCAAUCUGUUCCACUGUCUGAAUGAACUGAAUGACCAUUCUCUCGUGGAGGAGAUCCAACACUUCCUGAGAUCAGGAAGUCUCUCAAAACGCAACCUGUCACCUGCACAGUGGUCAGCUCUGGUCUUUGUGUUGCUGACUUCAGAAAAAGAGCUGGAUGUGUUUGACCUGAAGAAAUACUCCAGAUCAGAGGAAGGUCUUCUGAGGCUGCUGCCAGUGGUCAAAGCCUCCAGAGCUGUUCUGCUGUCAGGCUGUGGAGUCACAGAGAAAGUUUGUACUUCUCUGGUCUCAGCUCUGAGGUCAAACCCCUCACACCUGAGAGAGCUGGACCUGAGUAACAAUGACCUGAAGGAUUCAGGAGUGAAGCUGCUCUCUGCUGGACUGGGGAAUCCCCACUGUAAACUGGAGACUCUGAGGCUGUCAGGCUGUCUAGUCACAGAGGAAGGCUGUGCUUCUCUGGUCUCAGCUCUGGAGUCAAACCCCUCACACCUGAGAGAGCUGGAUCUGAGUAACAAUGACCUGAAGGAUUCAGGAGUGAAGCUGCUCUCUGCUGGACUGGGGAAUCCCCACUGUAAACUGGACACUCUGAGGCUGUCAGGCUGUCUAGUCACAGAGGAAGGCUGUGCUUCUCUGGUCUCAGCUCUGAGGUCAAAUCCCUCACACCUGAGAGAGCUGGACCUGAGCUACAAUCACCCAGGAGACUCAGGAGUCAGACUGCUCUCUGCUGGACUGGAGGAUCCACACUGCAGACUGGAGAAACUCAAUGUGGAACAUGGUGGAGAGAACAGAAUGAAACCUGGACUUAGAAAAUAUGUCUGUGAUCUCACACUGGACCCAAACACAGUAGACAGACUCCUCUCUCUGUCUGAGGAGAACAGAAAGGUGACAUGUAGGACAGAGGAGCAGCCGUAUCCUGAUCACCCAGAGAGAUUUGAGGGCUGGGAACAGGUGCUGUGUAGAGAGGGUCUGACUGGGCGCUGUUACUGGGAGGUAGAGUGGAGUGGGAGAUGGGCUGUUAUAGGAGUGACAUAUAAAGGAAUCAGCAGGAGAGGAGGGGGUGAUGACUGUUGUCUUGGAUACAAUGACAAGUCCUGGAGUCUGUUCUGCUCUGACUACCGUUACUCUGCCAGGCACAAUAAUAAUCUCACUACCAUAGACGUCCCCUCCUCCAGCUCCCACAGAGUAGGAGUGUAUCUGGACUGGCCAACCGGCACUCUGUCCUUCUAUAGAGCCUCCUCUGACACACUGACCCACCUGAUCACAUUCACCUCCACAUUCACUGAAACCCUCUAUCCAGGCUUUGGGCUUUGGGGUGAUGACUCCUCAGUGUCCCUGAAAGCUACAAGGGAUCAGUGCUCUAAAAUGAGUCUCUCUGGGGAGAAAGAGGAGGGGGGCCCUGCCUCUAAAAUGAGUCUCACUGGGGAGAGAGAGGAGGGGGGCCCUGCCUCUAAAAUUAGUCUCACUGGGGAGAGAGAGGAGGGGGGCCCUGCCUCUAAAAUGAGUCUCUCUGGGGAGAGAGAGGAGGGGGGCCCUGUCUCUAAAAUGAGUCUCACUGGGGAGAGAGAGAAGGGGGGCCCUGCCUCUAAAAGGAAUGUCUCUGGGGAUCAUGGCACCAAAUCUAAGAGUCCAAUCAAGCAGGAGCGACCAGCCUCCCCUGUACCCAGCUGUGUGUCCAUGAAGAGUGACCGGUCUAUGGAUGCUCUUAUAUACUUUAGAGAGGGAGACUUUUCUACUGAACAAAGAAACCAACAGGAGAGAUCGGAGUCAGAGAUUCUCAGUGGUCAGUCUUCCCAGAGUCAUCAAACAGACCUGGCCUCCAUAUUCAGUUUGCUUGAAGAGAAAAUUAUGACAUUUGUGAAGAACGAGCUGAGGCUGUUCAAGAGGAAUCUUUGUCCAGAACUCCCAGAAGGCUUUGAGAGUCAGAAGCAGGAUAAGGAAGUGGUGGACGCUGAAAAUGAGAAGAAAGAGAGCAGUGCCAGAGAGGGGGCUCUGAAGAUCACACUGCACAUCCUGAGGAAAAUGAACCAGAAGGAGCUUGCUGACACACUGGAGAAAAAUGAGCUUGCUGUGAUUUGCCAACGUGAACUCAAAUAUAAUCUAAAUAAGAAGUUUCAAUGUGUAUUUGAGGGGAUCGCUAAACAAGGAAACCCAACACUUCUCAAUAAGAUCUACACAGAACUCUACAUCACAGAGGGUGGAACAGGAGAGGUCAAUAAUGAACAUGAGCUGAGACAGAUUGAGACAACAACCAGGAAACAAGCAAGACCAGAGACUGCAAUCAAAUGUAACGACAUCUUCAAAACCUUAACUGGACAAGACAAACUUAUCAGAACUGUGCUGACAAAGGGAGUUGCUGGCAUUGGAAAAACAGUCUCUGUGCAGAAGUUCAUUCUGGACUGGGCUGAAGGAAAAGCAAAUCAGGAUGUCCAAUUUGUAUUUUCAUUCCCUUUUCGGGAGCUGAAUUUGAUGAAAGAGGACAAACACACUUUAAUUGAACUUCUUAAUCACUUCUCAAUGGAAACCAAAGAUUCAAGAAUCUCCAACUACGACAAGUACAAAGUUCUGUUCAUCUUUGAUGGUCUGGAUGAGUGCCGACUGCCCCUAGACUUCCAGAAGAACAAGAUCUGUUGUGACGUCACAGAGUCAACCUCAGUGGAUGUUCUGCUGACAAAUCUCAUCAGGGGAAAUCUGCUUCCCUCUGCUCUCCUCUGGAUAACUACCCGACCUGCAGCAGCCAAUAAGAUCCCUUCAGGGUGUGUUGACCAGGUGACAGAGGUACGAGGGUUCAAUGACCCACAGAAGGAGGAAUACUUCAGGAAGAGAUUCAGUGAUGAGGACCUGGCCAGCAGAAUCAUCUCACACAUAAAGACAUCAAGGUGCCUCCACAUCAUGUGCCACAUUCCAGUCUUCUGUUGGAUAUCUGCAACAGUCCUUGAACACAUGCUGAAACAUAAGAGAGAAGUGAUGCCCAAGACUCUGACUGAGAUGUACACACACCUUGUGGUGUUUCAUAUCAAACAGAAGAAUGAAAAGUAUCUUGGGAAAGAAGAGACAGGUCCACACUGGAAUAAAGAGAGCAUUCUGUCACUGGGAAAACUGGCUUUUCAACAGCUUGUGAAGGGCAAUCAGAUUUUCUAUGAAAAAGACCUGAAAGAAGCUGGCAUUGACGUCAAUGAAGCCUCAGUGUACUCAGGAUUGUGCACACAGCUCUUUAAAGAGGAAUGUGGGCUGUACCAGGACAAGGUGUACUGCUUUGUUCAUCUGAGCAUUCAGGAGUUUCUGGCUGCUGUAUAUGUGUUCCUCUCUUUCAUCAACAACAAUGAGAAUCUAAUGGCCAAAACUCAAUCAACGUCCAGGAAACUUUCUGUGAGGAAAAGACAGAAGCCUAAAUUUACUGUCUACAAGAGCGCUGUGGAUAAAGCCUUACAAAGUGAGACAGGAAACCUGGACCUUUUCCUCCGCUUCCUUCUGGGCCUCUCACUGGAGUCCAAUCAGAAGCACUUACGAGGUCUCCUGACAAAGACAAGAAGCAGCUCACAGAGCCAUGAAGAAACAGUCAAUUACAUCAAGAAGAAGAUCAGGGAGAAUCCCUCUCCAGAGAGGAGCAUCAAUCUGUUCCACUGUCUGAAUGAACUGAAUGACCAUUCUCUAGUGGAGGAGAUCCAAAGCUACCUGAGAUCAGGAAGUCUCUCAGAAGACAAACUGUCACCUGCACAAUGGUCAGCUCUGGUCUUUGUGUUGCUGACUUCAGAAAAGGAGCUGGAUGUGUUUGACCUGAAGAAAUACUCCAGAUCAGAGGAAGGUCUUCUGAGGCUGCUGCCAGUGGUCAAAGCCUCCAGAGCCGUUCUGCUGUCAGGCUGUGGAGUCACAGAGGAAGGCUGUGCUUCUCUGGUCUCAGCUCUGAAGUCAAAACCCUCACACCUGAGAGAGCUGGAUCUGAGUAACAAUGACUUGAAGGAUUCAGGAGUGAAGUUGCUCUUUACUGGACUGGGGAAUCCGCACUGUAAACUGGAGACUCUGAGGCUGUCAGGCUGUCUAGUCACAGAGGAAGGCUGUGCUUCUCUGGUCUCAGCUCUGAGGUCAAACCCCUCACACCUGAGAGAGCUGGACCUGAGCUACAAUCACCCAGGAGACUCAGGAGUCAGACUGCUCUCUGCUGGACGGGAGGAUCCACACUGCAGACUGGAGAAACUCAAUGUUGAACAUGGUGGAGAGAACAGAAUGAAACCUGGGCUUAGAAAAUAUGUCUCUGAUCUCACACUGGACCUAAACACAGUAGACAGACACCUCUCUCUGUCUGAGGAGAACAGAAAGGUGACAUGGAGGAGAGAGGAGCAGCCGUAUCCUGAUCACCCAGAGAGAUUUGAGGACUGUGGACAGGUGCUGUGUAGAGAGGGUCUGACUGGGCGCUGUUACUGGGAGGUAGAGUGGAGUGGGAGAGGGGCUGAUAUAGGAGUGACAUAUAAAGGAAUCAGCAGGAGAGGAAGGGGUGAUGACUGUUGUCUUGGAUACAAUGACAAGUCCUGGAGUCUGUUCUGCUAUGACAACAGUUACAUUGCCUGGCACAAUAAUAAUCCCACUACCAUAGACGUCCCCUCCUCCAGAUCCCACAGAGUAGGAGUGUAUCUGGACUGGCCAGCCGGCACUCUGUCCUUCUAUAGAGCCUCCUCUGACACACUGACCCACCUGAUCACAUUCACCUCCACAUUCACUGAGCCCCUCUAUCCAGGGUUUAGGGUUCAUGAUGAUUCCUCAGUGACUCUGUAAAUAAUAACCUGACACACACACACACACUGGACACACAAACACAUAGGACACACACACACACACACUCACA